AUGCCUCAUUUAUCUGCAACUGUCGGAAGUUAUGAAUGCAGAAGGUCUUCUAAUGUCACGGUGAAACAAUUUGGCGAUAUUUGCAGUGAUCGCGACAAGUACGUAAAAUACCGAACACGUGAAGAUACACAGCACGUGCUCGCCUCCCCUGGAAAUGCCGCAUCAAAGCCCGAGCGGUUACAUGCAGGCCAAAAAGGCAAAUCACCGCGCCAAUCUAAACCUGGACAUCAUUCCGGCGCUUACCCGAACGACUGGAAUUUUAACGCCGAACCUUCCUCAUCAUCCUAUUCGAACUAA